AUCAAAUCUCUUUAAUUUUACUCCUUUCUUUAAUUUUCCCCAAACUCUAUCUUACAAUAAUCGUUACGUCAUGUAUAAUGAGAUAUUUAAUAUUAUUUCGCUGAAUCGUUUGUCAAAAUGACAACAUUAAUUUGGCGCCAAAACAGUUCCAAAGCAAAACAAGCAGUGAACCAGUGAAUAAGCGAUUUAUUUUAUUCUUUGCCGAUUUAAAAACAAGAAAUGGUUAAAAUUGAAGAAAACGAAAAGGGUUACGACCCUAAUAUAUUACCUGAUCUGCUGCCAGUUUAUUACAAGCGUUUAUUCCCUCACAAACCAUUCUACCGGUGGCUCUCCUAUGGAAAUUCUGAAAAUGGUAUUUUCACGCAUCGUGAAAUCUCAUUCACAUUGGCUGACGACGUCUACAUCCGCUACCUUUCAUUUGAUAGUCAACCUGAGUUGGAAAAGGAGAUCUGCAGUCGUAAUCCUCACAAAAUCGACAUUGGCGCUGUCCUGUCUGUUAGACCAAAACACCAUCGAGCCACUGCCAAUAUUCAUGCUUUACAGCGGGAGCUAGUUUUCGAUAUUGAUAUGACGGACUAUGAUGAAGUUCGGAAUUGUUGCGAGGGAGCAAAUGUUUGUACAAAAUGUUGGAAAUUUAUGACCAUAGCGUGCCGAGUGCUGGACGCCGCACUAAGAGAAGAUUUCGGAUUCGAACACAUACUCUGGGUGUUUUCCGGUCGUCGAGGUAUACAUUGUUGGGUGUGCGACAAAACCGCCAGACAUUUAGACAACAGGGGCCGAGGAGCGGUCGCCGAUUACUUAAAUCUGUUGAUUCAUGGCGGCGAGAAUUCCACGACAAAAGCAUCGAUUGGUGAACGAUUGCAUCACAGUGUCCGCCGGGCAUUGAAAAUUGUGGAGCCGAUGUUCGAAGAAGUUUGCAUUGUUGAUCAAGACAUGUUCGGGAAUAGUAAAGGAGUUACGAAACUUAUACAAAUGCUUCCAGAUGAGAAUUUACGAAAAGACUUCGAAGCUCAUCUGAAAAAUGUCGGUAGUACCUCAAAAGAGGUGUGGGAAGCGUUCUUGAGAUUCUGCAAUGCUCAGCGUUCUAAAGGUAAUGCUGUUCGUCGCAUGAAAAACAUCGUGGAGGAAGUUCAGUUGGCAUUCCUUUACCCUCGUCUCGAUAUUAACGUCACUAAAGGAUUGAACCAUUUGCUCAAGGCACCGUUUUGUGUUCAUCCGAAAACAGGGAAGAUCUGCGUUCCAUUUAAUCCUAGUGCUGCGGCAAAGUUCGAUCCUAUGUCGGUACCCACUAUUACUGCAUUAUUGGAAGAAAUCAAUGCAUUCGAUGAUAAAAUUAGAUCUGAGGAUGCUGAGGAAGAUAAGAACCGAAUAAAGGACUAUAAGAAGACUGGAAUGUUUAAGGGAGUGGUUGUUUUCGAAGAAUUUCUCAGAAAAUUGGAAAGUAGUUUUAAGGGUAAGGCUAUCGAGGUAAGCGAUUCCAAGAUGGAAUUCUAGGAUUGGAUCAAAUUUCUUCCUGGAAGUUAAGACUAUUGACUUUUGCUACGGAAACAAAAUGAAAAUAAAGAUAUUCGAAAACCAUAAA